AUGGUUGUGGCUAUUGAGGAUCGUCUGAUCUCUCUAUUGGAGACUUCGUCGAUGGACAGGGCCACUUUCGUGCGUCUACUGUUGCUGCUCGCCUCGUCGAGUGAUGCCCCUGGGGUAAUGAGUGCCAAGCUGCGUGAGUGUUUGGAAGCAGAGGCAUUGACACAUAUAAGUUCCUAUUUAAAAUCAAGUGAUGAGGAGAGUAUGAUGAGCUUGGCCGCGUUGAUCAUUGGUUGCUCGCAAUUGUCGCUAUCGUCGCUGCAGUUGGCCACUACAGUGCAGGAGGUUACUGAUGAACGAGUUGAUGAUCUGAUGAAGAAGCUGGGAGACUUGGAAAAUAUAGCGAAUCUGCUCCUCAUACAAGCGACAACUCGGUCCUCGCACUUGGCAUUGACGGCUCAGCUGAUAUCGAAUCUAGAGACAGUACUUGCUAAGGAGGGCGAUGAAGGAGUACAGGAGGACGAGCCCGGCCAUAUGCUCACGGCGCUGUGGUCGCUAGUUGCCCUUGGGCAUGGACAGAACCUGGAUGCGGAAGGCCGGCUGCCAGAGCCACUGAGUUCGUUGUUGUUGAGGGCGACUAAGUGGCAGUGUCUCGAUGAUCCUAAAAUGGAACGUCAACUGCAGCAGAUAUCUCUAAACUUUGUACUGGAGCAUGGGGAGAAACCGGAGGUUGCCUCGCAGAUGGCGAAUCUGUAG